AUAUUAAACCAACCUCCAAGAGUACCUAUAUUGACAGUCAAAUAUUUUUAAAAAGGAAAUAAGUUUUGACCAGUGUGUCGAGACUAGAAGAGAAGUGCGCGUUUGAUACGCAAGACCGAAAAGAAGACGACCAUGCACGAUGUUGGAAGGUCUGGUGGCAUGGGUUCUGAACAACUACUUGGGGAAAUAUGUGGAGAACUUGAACACGGAUCAGCUGAGCGUCGCGCUCUUGUCGGGCAAAGUAGAAUUAGAAAACCUCCCGCUAAAGAAAGAUGCUCUGCGUCACCUGGGGCUGCCAAUCGAGGUGAAGGCAGGGUUCAUUGGCAAGGUGCAGCUACAGGUGCCUGUGCGCCAGAUACGCUCCGCACCCUGGCUCAUAGCCAUUGAAAAGCUGUAUCUAGUGGCUGCUCCUGUCAAUCUAGAUGAGUGGGACAGUGGCGUGGAGGCGUCCAUCGCACACGAGCGCAAGGUGGCGCUGCUGGACGCGCUGGAGGCGCAGUGGCGCGCUGAGCAUGAGGCCAGCGACGCGGGCUACUAUGCCGCCUCCUACUCCUCCUGGCUGAGCUACGGCACCGGCCUGCUCGCCAACAUCGUGGAAAACCUACAGUUAAAACUAAACGACGUGCACAUCCGCUACGAAGACGCGCUAACAUGUCCCGGGCGCGCGUUCGCGUGCGGGUUUGCCGUGGAGUCGCUAGCGGCGGAGUCGUGCGACGCGAACUGGCUGCGCGGGUUCACGCCGCUGGAGGAGCCCUGCUCCUUCAAGCUGCUGGAGCUCAACAACUUGGCGAUAUACUGGGAUCCUAUGCCGGUGCCCGCGGGCAUGAUGGCCGCCUGUACCCUCGCGGAGCUGGCGGAACGCAUGCGGGCGACGUGGGCGGGCGCACACCGGUUCAUCCUGGCGCCGUCGACCGCGAGCGCGCGCGUGCGCCGCGAGCGAUGCGAGCAGCCGCUGCGCGACCGCGCGCGUCCUCGCCUCGCGUGCCAUCUCACUCUCGACGCAGUUUCGCUAAGGCUCACCGAUAGUCAAUACAGUGAAAUGGUGGGCUGUUCGCGCGGGCUCGAACGCGUCGCGCGGCUGCGUGAGAUACGCGCGCUGCGCCCCGUCAAAGCGCUUCGCGGACACGCCCGCGAGUGGUGGCGGUACGCAGUCAAAGCGCAUUUGCCGCACCACACGUGGAUGGACCCGAAACCCAGCUGGGAGGAGUGCGUGGAAGCGGCUAAACAGACGCGUCAGUACGUGGACAUCUGCCUGCAGACGCUGUGCCAGCCGGCCGCGACACUGCCGCCCGAGCGGAAAGCCGCCAAGGAUGACUUCGAGUGGAAGCAACCGCUGCAUGUGCUCAAGCCCUUACGAGAGGUGGCAAUGCGUAAAGUACCUAUUUCGACACCAGUAUCAACACCAGAACAGGCUAGCUCAGGACGAAGCGUUCUGGUACGCUGGUUUCCCCAGUGGUGGGGCUGGUACGCGGAGCCGCCACCGAGCGCCCCACAGCCCGCCACCGCGCCCGUGUCGAACUCAAGUACCAGCACUUCGCGGCUGGAAGACGAGAUAUUGGAUGUGAUAGCGGACUCUCUCGAUGAUAACACACUACUGAGACGGGAUGCUGUGUUUGGCCUCUUUGAGUUUACUCUGCAGAGAGGAUCGCUAGAUUUGUGUACUGAGACGGAAGAACAUUUUGGCGCCAUCAACGGGGAGGAAACACCCGUGGAAGGAGAAGGCCUAGAGCUACAGUUCUCAGUAGUAUGUGUGCGAUUUGAGUCCCGGCCACGGGCGAGUGCGCACGCGCUGCACGUGUCCCUGGGUGCGGUGUGCUUGAGGGACCGAGUCACUCCUAAAACGCUGUUCCCGGUGCUGGUGGCGCCGCAGGGGCUCAUACGCGAGGGCCUGAGUGCGAUGAACGCGGCCGCCAGCGCCGCCGCGUGGUGGCGGAGCCAGCACCCUCCGCACCCCGCGCCCGUGGCUACUGAGGAAUCGCUGUUUCAACUGUCCUACGAGAAACGACCCGCCGGCCUCAACUGCGAUUACAAGCUACGCGUCAAGUCGAGCUCGCUGGAGGUAGUGUGGUGCCCGCUGGCGGCGGAGUGGGCGCGGCGCUGGGCGGCGGCGGGCGCGGGUGCCAUCGCGCACGUGCGCCACCACACGCGCGCCACGCUGCACCACCACUGGGACCGUCUGCUCAAACACGCGCACGCCAGGCGACCCAACGAGCGUCGGUCAUGGCAGAUUGAAAUGGACAUAUCAGCGCCACAAAUCCUGUUUGUGGAGGAUCUGUGCGACCGGGACGCUUCGGUGCUAGUGGUGGACUUCGGUCGCCUCCGGCUGGCCAACGCGAACCUGCCCGAAGAGGAAGUGACUGUUAAACACCAGUCCACUGAAGAAGACGAAGAGAUGUUCAUGACGCCGUGCUCCACGCCGCCGGGCAGCCUGCUGUCGCCGUCGUCGCCGCUACAGUCGCGCCGCGAGCUGGACGCCGCGCGCCUGCACACCAGCCUCUACGACAGGUACAAGAUCGAGCUGAGCGACUUGCAGAUCCUGGUGGGGCGCGCGCGGGACAACUGGAAGUACGCGCACACCAAGGCCACGUCCGCGCUGCACUUGCUCGACCGCUUCAGCAUAUCGCUGCAGGCGGAACGUCGCGUGGUGCAGACUGCGGACCCGAUGUACCCCCGCGCGGCGCUGUGCGGCUCCCUGCCCGCACUCGUGGUGCACCUCAGUGAGCACAAGCUAGCUGCGGUGCGCGCGGUGGCGGCGCGCGCCAGCCUGCCCACGCCGCAGCCUGACCCAUCACCAAACAUAGAAGGGCAGACAGAGGAAGAGGAAGAGGAAAGUAACGAAAACACCGAAACGGAAUUCUCUGAUUUCUCUGUCAAUCAGAACGCGACGCUGCUCAUGCUCCAGUUCGCUAUCGAUCAGAUGUCACUUGAGGUGCAGUCCCGCGGGCGCAGCAUCGCCGAGGUGCAAGUCUGCGGCGUCCGCGCGGCGCUGUGUGUGCGCGCGGCCGACACCUCGCUGUCGCUGUCCGUCCACUCUCUGCUACUGGUGGACGCGCUGCAGACCUAUGGCCCCGACUUCGAGCUGCUCGUCGCCAGCCACAAGCAUGUUGGGAUGGACACAGCGUCGGGCAGCAUCCGCGGCUCGGAGCCGACGUCGCCCACUUCGCCCGCGUCGCCCGACUCGCGCGCCGCCCUGCCGCCGCCCACGCCGCUGGCGCUGCACCACGCGCUCUACAGCUUGCACCACGCCUCCAACCUCACUGCACCUUCCAACGUUGAACAAGACCGGACGAGUCCUGCACCGAGCUGGAUGACUGGGGCCAGUUGGAAUGCUUUCGGCAAUUCGGGGUCAAACUGGGGCACGAGCGGGCCGUGGGGGGCGGAUAAUGUCCCGUGGGGGGUCGAAGGGGACAUCUGGACGAACGUCAGCGGCCGAGGGGCUCCGGGGCUUGUGGACUCUGAAGCUUUAAUCGCUGUGGAACUCUGCCUCGUGAAGGGCGAUGGCGAUUCGGAAGAUUUGCGGAUAGCCAAUAUAUUGUUCAACAAUUUGGAUGUGAUAGCCAACCAGGAGACUAUAGUGGAGCUGAUCGGGUUUGCGCACCGCGUGGCGGGCGGAGGGCUGCGGCGCGCACCACCCGCGCCUGCCCCCGCGCCCGCCGCGCCCCUCGGCGCCAGCCUGCUGUCCAUGCCGGCUGCGGAUGAUGACGUCAAGCGCGUGCGCACCGAGAUCACGUUCGACUUCCACCGGCUCGGUAUUCUCCUGCUGCGUGCGAGUGUGCGUGGAGGCAACGUCGUCGCCAACAAGAUCGCCACUGCCACCGUCGGCGACGCUCGAAUACAAGCUACGCUCGAUGGAGAGCGUAUAGAAGUGGGCGGGUCUUUGGGCGGUGUACAAGUGGUGUCGGUGUCUGAGCGUGCGGGCAUACACUCGCGCGUGCUGGCGGCGGGGCGCGCGCCCUCGGCACCGGCGCAGCACCCCGCCGCGCACGACGCCUCCGCUGACGACAAGGCGCUGCUGUUCACCAUCUCCCGUACUGUGCGACCGCCCACCGCCGACGAUUACUCGCCAACGGGAAAUCCAACGCACGACAUGACCGAAGCGGGGGACGUGGUGGAGGUGACUGCGUCCGUGCGCGUGGCCAGCGUGUGGUACACGCACUCCGGCCCCCUGUUGCGGGAGCUGCAGUCUUGCGUAGCGGAGUUCCAGCAGUACCUCGCCAACCUGGCGCGCUCCAUCCGGGCCGCUGCGGCGGAUAUGGCCAUCGGACUUGUUCAUCCUAGAGGUGAGAGUCUGUACUCGAACCCCAAGCUGUCCCAAUCGACGGAAGGCGUGUCGCCGCGGCGCCGCACCACCAGCGCUGGUUGUUCGCUGGAUGAACCCGACCGGGAUACGCGCCAAAUUAUUCUCAGCGUGAGCGUGGAGCUGGAGUCGCCAGUGGUGGUUCUGCCGCGCGCGGCGCGCAGCACGCAGGUAUUCGUGGCGCACCUGGGCCGCAUGAGCCUGGCCAACCGGCCGGGCGCGCCGCAGCGGACCCUCUACCGCGUCCGCGUGCGGGAUAUCUCACUCGUAUCCCUGGACGUGGGCGAGAAGCUGCGCACACAGCAGCUGUCGGCCGCGACGGACAACAUGGCAGACAUCUACGACGCGGCGCGUGGCCUGCCCGUGCUGCACGACACUGCGCUGCAGCUCGCCGUCUCUUUCGACGAGCUCGAUGAUGGACCACAGUGCACCGUAGACGGCAAGGUGGUGGGCGGCUUGCACGUGACCGCCAGUCGCGAGCAGUACGAGCAGCUGCUGGAGACGCUGCACUGGCUCGGCGACUCCGCCCCCGCCGACGUCACCGACGGCCCUUCGCCCGCCGCCCCUGCGCCUGCGCCGCCCGAGACGGCGUCGGUGGUGGAGCCCGCGGUGCCGGUGCUGCGGCUGGACCCCGCGCUGCGCGCCGCGCUGCUGGCCGUGCCGCCGCCCGCACCACGCGCGCCGCCGCCGCACACGCACACGCCGCUCACUGUGACGUUCGAGCUGGCCAACUUCACGGUGGAGCUGCGCGCGGACCUCGGCGCGGGCGAGCGCAGCCUGGUCGCGCUCACCUUCCGCGAGUUCUGUCUGCGGCGAGACCACUUGCAUCCUCACGAGUCCACGUUGCAGGUGUCCCUGCACUCCAUCACGAUGGAGGACCUGACCAAGGAGCCGGACUCGAAGCACCGCAUGCUGAUGGUGUCCCACACGCCUCCCAUGCCGCCCAAGGCCGUGUUCGUGUCCAAGUCCUGCCCCGACUUUGUCACGGAGUUCCCGCUCCACGGCUCCACGGCCAGCUCCCUGCCCUGCUCGCGGCCGCUGUCCACCUCGCUGCCGACGCAGCUCAACGGCGUGGAGAGAACCGCCGACAGGGAGUACAAGAGGAGCGUGGACGAGAAGUCGGAGGUGAACUGCCCCACGCCGCCCUGCUCGCCGGCGCGCGGCCCGGAGCUGGACAACUUGGUGUGGGUGUCCGUGCACACCAGGCACCCCACACAUCCACACUUCAGCGACCAGUACAAUAAGGUGUCGAAACUGACAAAGGUGGAGUUCAACUGUCUGAAGCUGGUGCUCAGUAUCGACAGCUGGGUGGCGGUGCUGGACUUCUUCGGCGUGGCGGCCGACGAGCCCGACCACCCCUCGCCUUCCGCUAACAUGACCAAUACCAGUUCGACAGCAUCAAACAACGAAGAGGAAUCGAGAACAACCGUUGAAUCAGGCGCCACAGAGCUAGAAAUGAACGUCCGUUCACUUUCCGUGGUGGUAGUCGGAGCACGCGGCGACGCGUGCCGUGCUCUAGUCUCCCGCGUGCGGGUUAGAGUAAGGGACGAAGCGCCGGGAAGAGACGUGCGCGCUACGCUGGGUGCACUUGCUCUGUCGGAUCUGGCGCCGCGAGCCGUGCUCUGGCGAGAACGACUGAGGAUGCGGACUACACAUGCUUUGGAUAUACAUUAUGAAAGGCUAAGCCCAGCGGAAGCGGCGGCGGCGGGGCACGAGACGCGCCUGUCGCUGGAGAUGGGGCCGGUGACGUACGUGCACACGCGCCGCUUCGUGCUGGAGCUGCAGGCCUUCGCGAGGGACUUUAGCCUGCUGCGGCGCGUCAUCGCGCAGGCGAGGCGGAAGGUGAGCAGUGCAGCGCCAGAUUCGUCGCAACUGCAACGCAUGAAGCUGAGCGUCCGCUGCGAGGCGCCCAUCAUCGUGCUGCCCGUGUCGAGCCGCAGCCGCUCCGCGCUGGCCGCGGAGCUGCAGCUGCUGGUGCUCGACAACUGCUUCAAGCGCGCCGGAGAUCCCGGCACCGUCAGCAAGCUGCAAGAUUCCACUAUUGUGGAGCGCGAAGUGUUGGACGUGCGCACGGUGCGUGCCAAGGGGCUGUCGCUGUGGUGCGCGCGCGCGGCGCGGGGCGGCGCGUCGGGCGGCGCGCGGUUGCGGCGCCGAGGCGCGCCGCUGCUGCCCGCGCCCGCCGAGCUCACGCUACAGCUGGAGAAGAACUGCGCCGACACGCACAACGUGCCAGAAAUGACGGUGCACGGUCGCCUCGCAACACUGCAGGCAUCGCUCGACGCGGCGCAGUAUCGCCUCGUGCGGGGAGUCCUCACUCACAACCUGGCCGAACCCUGCGCCGAGCUGCUGGAGCCGCCUCUCCCCACGCUGCCGCAAGUACCGCCAGCGCCGUGCCAGGUGUGGACGACCUGGUCGUUGCAACUGGACCUUCAAGAUGUGUGUGUGGAGAUGAGAGGCUCGAGAGGCGCUCCGCCAUUGGCCUGCAUAAACUUUAUCAAGUCAAGGCUACUGCUUGAAACAUACUCGGAUCUGUCGCAGGAUAUUGAUUUAGUUUCACAGGAGAUCCUAGUGAGCGACAUGCGCUACGCCGCCGAGCCGGCCAACCGACGCGGCAACGUGUUCAGCCACAUCGUGCAGCCCAUGCCCGACCAUCGACACAGCGUCCAAGCUGAAGUGCAUGCUAGGAAACGCCCAGACUCGUCCGCAUACACGAUCCUCGUCAACAACAUGCGGCUGAUGGCUAUCCUCGACUGGUGGGAGGCCGCCAACCAGUUCAUCAUGCAGCCGCCGCCGCCUGCCGUGGACCCCGACUUGCAGCAUCUAGAAGAUCUAUCGGUGGAGAGUAUGGACGGGGAAUGGAGCAGGAGCGGCGCGGGCAGCCCGGCGCGGACGGAGGAGGGGGGCGGACAAGUGGAACUCAAGCUGAAUGUCACCGAUUCCCAACUGGUGUUGGUUGAAGACGCUUCGCUUUGGGACACUAAUGCCGUUAUAUUAAAGAGUACGACAGUGAUCACGUACCGGCCGGCGGACGUGGCCCGGCCGGUGGUGUGCGAGCUGAACGAGUUAGAGGUGUUUUCCUGCGUGCUGGGCCUGGAGGAAGAGACUGCGUUGUCUAUUGUGGACCCUGCAGCCGUGCACGCAGCUUUGCACGCAGACAACGUGCUUCACGUAGCAAUAGGCACGCUGAACUUGCGUCUAUCGUACCACGACAUGCGCAUGUUCGCGGCCAUGCUGCAGUCGCUGCCCGCGCAGGCCAGGGUUGCGCUAUCAGGCAAGUCUGAAGAGCAGACAGCAUCGACAGCACCCGCGAACAGCGUGUACAUGAGGGCGAGCGCAGGGGUGGGGCCGGGGGUGGCGGCGCCCUACGGCAACGCGGCGGUGGGUGCCUUGCCGCGCUGGCUGCGCUCAGCCAACGCCGUGAAGCCGCCGCCGGAGAAACCUGCGCACUGGGCGCUCAAGGCCAUACAGGUGAAUGCAGAAUGCGUAACGUUGUGCGUGAUCGACGACUGCUUGGAUUCGGACGUGCCAUUACUCGAGGUUUCUUUGGUGGACUUACAAGUAGAACAGGAUUUACGUAAAGUAGAGGAAUCCUUCGAGGAUCCCUUGCUGGUGUCGACGCCAGCGAGUGAGCUGGGCGGGACGGGCGCUGCGCAGCCGGCGGGCGGGGCGGGCGGCGGGAAGCUGCGCGCGCAGCUCAGCGCGGACUACUACAACCGCACAUUAUCCGGCUGGGAGCCCGUCGUAGAACCUUGGAGAUUCGACACAAGUUGGGAGUACACUCUAUCGAGCGGUUUGUCGCUGGGGCGGGUGCAGGUGGACGUGCGCUCGGCGGACACGCUGGACACCAACGUGACGUCCGCGCUCGUGGACCUCGUGCGACUCGUCCGGCACAACUGGACAUCCGACUACUAUGCGCCACAGACGGUGACAUCGGAACAGUCGCCGAAGGGCAGCCCGUCCGGCCACCGCCGCCGCUCGCCCUUCGUGCCCUACGCGCUGCGCAACCUCACCGGACAGAGGCUGUGGUUCACCACGCUCACCACUACGUCUGAUGAAUUGCGCGAGUCAGGCUCGACGGAGACUUGCGGGCCCGACGACUCGUGGGUGAUGGUGCGCGGCGGCGACACCGAACCCUUCUCGUUCGGAGCGCGGCGCGCGCGCGGCCGCCACGCCGCCCCCGCGCCCCUGCUGCGUCUCGUCCUGCGGCUGGAUGGCUGGGCGCCGCCCGACCCCGUGUGCGUCGACCGUGUGGGCGUGUUCUUCAGGCACAUUACACAUAUGAAAACCGGUGCAGAGGCCCGCGUAGUACUAGAAGUGUCCCUGGAAGGGUCUGCGCGCAAGCUGGUGACGGUGCGCUCCGCGCUGCAGCUGGUCAACAAGCUGCCCCACCCGGUGGAGCUGAGGCUCGAUGCGCCCGCGCAAGGGCCAUGGAGCGUGGGCGGCGCGCGCAGCGUUUCCGUGGGCGCGGGCGAGCGCUGGGCGGCGCCGCUGGUGGCGCGGCCGGGCGCCGUGUGGGCGCGCCCGCUGCUGCGCGCCCACACGGCGCCCGUGCCAGCGCUGCCGCCCGCGCCCGUCGACUGGCGCGCCGCGGCCGCCGCGGCCGAGCGCGCGCUUUUGCACCACGAGUGUCGAGCGCCGCAUGACUACGUCUACAGAUUUUGCUGCGUCAUAGUCAGAGAGCGCUUCCCCCCAGACCGCGGGGAACUAUUGGCAGGACACACGCUUACGCUUGUACCGGCACUGCGUCUGGAGAAUCUGCUGCCUCUGGAACUACAGUACCGCGCAGACCACGUGGUCGGCACGCUCGCUCCCGCCAGUACUCAGCCAUUCCACCAGGUGAAUGUGGAGGAGGGAGUGGAACUGUGCGUGAAACUGGAGGGUUUCGGAUGGUCGACAGCGCUGAGCGUGGGCGGCGCAACCAGCUCGGGCUCGUUCUCCGCGCGCCUCAAGCUGCGCGACCAGCGCAGUCGCAGGCUGUACCUGAACGCGAGGGUCACUGUCAAGAAGACCGAUGGCAUCAAGGUGUCGAUCUCAGCCGCCUACUGGAUCGUGAACCGCACGGGGCUGCCUCUGGUAGUGCGCGCGGAGGGCGGCGCGGAAGCGGCGGGGCAGUUCUCCGAGCACGAGGUGGCGCGCAUGGUGGCGCCGCUGCCCUUCUCCUUCGCUGACGGGGACGGGCCUACGGUCUCCCUGCGACUCGGAGCUGGGCUUUCCUGUUCCUCCGAGUGGUGCUCGCCCUUCGGAUUGGGGCCGGGCGUCACCGUCAAGCGGCUGGAGUGUCGCGGCGGCGAGUGCGGCGAGCGCGGCGAGCGCGCGUUCGCGGUGGGCGUGGCCGUGCGCGCGGGCCGCGGCCGCUACCGCCGCACCAACGUCGUGACGCUCACGCCGCGCUACCAGCUGCACAACAACACCGAGCACUGCCUGCAGUUCGCGCAGAAGUGCACCGCCACUACGCUCAACGAUCCGGGCGCGAUGGCCACGCACGUGUCGGCCGUGGCGGGCUGCUACCUGCCGUGGCACUGGGCGCGCUGGGACCGCGACCUGCUGCUGUGCGUGCGCGUGCUGGUGUCGGCCGCCGACGCGCGCGCGCUUACCGCGUGGUCCGGGGGGUUCAGGAUUGACACGGCACGGAGCUUGCAUGUCGCUUGCAGGGAAAGCGGUGGCGCGUACCAUAUCCUGCGCGUGGAGGUGGUGGCUCAGGGUGCCACGCUGCUGGUGGUGCUGACGGACGCGCGCGCCGCGCCGCCACCGCUGCGCAUCGACAACUACGCGCCCGUGGCCAUCAUGUUCCAUCAGGUGGGGUGCACGGAGGAGUGCGUGGUGGGCGCGGGCGCGCGCGCGCGCUGGGCGCUGCCGGAGCCGGAGGGCGCGUGCGCGCUGGCGCUGCGCGCGCCGGGCGGCCCGCGCCUUUCGCUGCCACUGCACGCGCUGCACGACACGCACACGUUGCUCUACCAGAACUUCAUUUACGUGGCGUUCGUCGCCACCGCCACCGCCGCGUCCGCUGGGAGCGACGGCACGCCCACCGACACCGCAUCGCCCGAGUCAGAUGUUCUCGUGCUAGAAGUGCCUCUCGGUUCCACCCGCGUGCAACUCGCACGCAAACGAUACGGUGACAGGUGUCAGCUGUGGCGCCGCGGGCCGAACGACCAGCUCAUCCACGAAGGCAGCUCCCCGCCGCAGCCCACCGAUGCUCUUUCCGACGACACCACGCUGUCGCCGCACGCUCUGGUGCUGGAUAUCGAGGAGGCGGCCCCGCGGCCGGGGCGCGCGGCGCCACUGGUGCUGCGGCGCGCGGACCCGCGGCGCGCCUCGACGCAGGCGUGGCGGCUGCUGCGCGAGCCCCGCGGCGCCGCGCGCAUGGCGUGCGCGCACGCCAACCUGUGCGUGCAGCCCGAACACGGCCUCAUGGGGCUCGCACCCGGCGGGCGCGUGGUGCUGGGGCUGCCGGGCGCGGCGCGCGGCGCGGGCGUGCCGCCGGAGCAGGCGGUGGCGUGGCACACGCUGCGGCCCGGCUCCGGCCGCCUCGCCGUCACGCUGUGCGCCGACGGGCCCACGCGCCUCGUGCGCAUCGUAGACCAGGCCAACCCCGACUGCAAACUACUGGACAGCUGUGAGGAGGACGGAGAAUCCGAAGAGGCCUCACUCGCGCCGCUGGGGACGCGCGAGUGGGGCGUGCGGCUGACGCUUGGCGGGCUGUCCGUGUCGCUGGUGGCGCGCUGGCCGCCUGCGGAGCUGCUGUACGCGCACUUUGCGGCCGUGCGGCUGGACGCGGCGCGUGCACACAACACGGCGCAUCUCGCGCUCACCGUCGACUCCAUGCAGUGGGACAACCAGUUGCCGAGCACGCCCAGCCCCGUGCUGCUGCACUGCCUGCCGGAGCGCUCGGGCAGCACGAGCGGCGCGGGCGGCUCGGGCGCGACGCUGCCCGCGCUGCACGUGUCGCUGGAGCUGCAGCGCGCGCCGCCGCGCAACUACAACGCCGUGUACUUCAACCACUUCGUCGUCGCGCUCCGCCCCAUCGCCGUCAGGCUCGAUGAGAGAUUGAUCCUGCUGAUGUGGUCGUGGGUGGAGACGGGCGCGGGCGCAGGCGGGGCAGGCGGCGCGGGCGCGGCGGCGGGCGAGGCCGAGGACGCGGAGGAGCCGGACGAGGCGGAGUUCGAGACGCGACGCGUGCUGCACGAGCUGACCGCGCUGCACGCCACCCGAUACUACUUCGCGCUUAUCAAGAUCAUACCCAGUCAGAUCCGGCUGUCGAUGUUCACGGCGAACAAGCUGGAAGGUGAGCUCAGCACGCUAAAGCGUCGGCUGGGGUUGACAUUCAUCCGCUUCGAGGACGCGGCCGUGGAGCUGGAGCCCUUCGUGCGCGCGCACUCCUUCGACACCGCCGCCUGCCUCGCCAGGCAGCUGCUGCAGCACUUCAAGGAUGAGUUGAAAUGGCAAGCCGCGAAGAUCCUGGGCUCGGUGGAUUUCUUGGGCAACCCGCUGGGCUUCGUGGCGGACGUGUCGGAGGGCGUGUCCGGGCUGCUGCUGGAGGGCAACGUGGGCGCUCUGCUCAAGAACGUCACCCACGGGAUAUCCAACUCUGCUGCUAAAGUCACAGAGACACUGGGCGACGGCUUGGAGCGCGUGGUGGGCGACGAGGCUCACGAGGAGACGCGGCGCCGCAUCCGAUCGGGCGCGGCGGGCGCGCACAUCGCGGCCGGCUUCCGCGGCCUUGGCCUCGGGAUAUUAGGCGGCAUGACGUCGCUGGUGAAGCACAGCUACGAGGGCGCGGCGGCGGAGGGCGUGGCGGGCUUCUUCGCGGGCGUGGGCAAGGGGCUCGUGGGCACCGUCACCAAGCCCGUCAUCGGCGUGCUGGACCUCGCCACGGAGACGGCGGCGGCGCUGCGGGACACGUCGCGCCGCGCGGGCUCGACGCCGCAGCGCGCGCGCGCGCCGCGCCUCGCCGCCGCCGCCGCCGCGCCGCUGCCGAGAUACUGCCCGGAACUAGCCGCAGGUGCAGCGCUACUGCUGGCCCUGCCGUCGGAGCCCGGCGAGCGCUUCCUGGCGUACCGCAUCGUGCGCGACACGCCGCACGACAUCCGCGCGCUGCUGUCCGACUCGUAUCUGCGCAUCGUCACUUGCAAGCACACCACGCCGCAAGUCGUCAUGGAAACGCAUUUAAGCAACCUGGUGUCAUGCACGGCGGUUUUCUCUGAUGGUGCGUGGUUUGUGGAACUGGGUGUUCGUGGAGGAGGUGCGAGCGGAGGGGGGAACAAUUCCGCGGGGGGAACCUCCGGGGAGGCGGUGAGAAGGCCUCGAGUGCAGUGUGACAGUGGAGACGUGGCACGAUGGCUGGCCAGGAACGCGGCCGCGGCGAGGCAGUUGUACCACGACCGCAGGCAUACGCUGUUGCCGCACACCGAUCUUUAAGUAUACUAUCGACUAUGCAAGGAUAUUUACUAUAGUGAAAGUUCGGCACACCUGUCGUCCUUGUUUACGACAAGGGCUACCAAUUUGCGAGUGACUUAUGACAGCGUUUGUGUGGAUAGUUCAUAAGUACAUAUCUGCGGCCCUAAUGUGAGAUUUUACAUCUCACCAAUGUUGAUAGAAUUCGACCAUUGUUAAAGUAAAAUGCACUUUGUCUUGUUUUAAAGCUCAAGUUCACCCAUACAGUCAGUACUUUAAAAUUCAGCCUUUGAAUGAUUAAAAUCAGUGGUACUGAAUUUUUGUCUUUAUAUCAAAUAAGUGUAAGUCCAUUUUACGCUAACACCAUUAUGUGCUGAGGCUCGAAUUCUAUCAACCUUGAUGAGGUACAAAAUCUCAUAUACUAAACACACUAACCUGAGGUCCGGUUGUCAUUCAAGCGGAGUGGAUGUGUUCAGUCCACCAAUUUUUAAUAAUUGAUGUGAAAAAAAAUAUCAAAAAAAACUUUCAAAAAUCUGAUUGGUUGACCGAACGCCUCGCCUCUCCUUUCCGUUUAGGCGGAAAACGGGUUUAAUUUUGUUUUUAAUACAGGAUACCAAUUGUGACAUAAUAUUAUGAUUAAAUUGUGUGCUCAUGUCCAGCGUACCUGUUGAUUUUGUUUGCGACAAUGGCUACCAAUUUAUGUGUUACAUGUGACUAGAUAUUAGUGGAUAUUAUUACCUUUAAGUGAUGUCGGCUGACUCCACAAUGAUCGAGUCUGUAUGAAAUGUUAGUGUCCCCUACAGUGAUAGAUAAAGUCUGAACUGAGAUGAGAAUAAAAGCACGCGUGAAAUAUUCGUCAGUGAAUGUAAAUGUAUAGAACUGAUAUCUGACAGUAUUUUUAUAUCUGGAGUAAAAGUCCUACAAUGCCUGCCACAAUUUGUCUUCAGCAUAGUAUUUUACGAGUAGAAAAGCAAUGUAUUCGUAAGAGUUAAUAUACUAAAUAACUUUUUAAUAAUUGUAUUAUUGUUACUGAAACCAGCUCAAAAGUAUAUAACAAAUAAUGGUCUUCGAAAAAAAAUUACAUUCUUGUAUCAGUAUUGUUCUUAUUUGUAUAAAUGUAUAUAUGACACAAAACUUUCUGCCCUCAAAAGACGCACAAUUUUAUUAUUUCGAUGUAUCUUUUAAACUUUAGCGAAACUAAUGUGAAAAAUUACGAAUUACUGUGACUGCGCUAUAAUGAUUGCAUAAAUUAUGCAUUUCUUGGAAUAUCAUGUUGAUCGAUUAUGUUUAUAAUUAUUAUGAAAACAACGAAACAUUGGCUCUGUAAUUUGUAUAUACAAGUAAUAAUAGUGGCCAAAGUGUUUUACGUGACAUUAAAAUACAUACAAGUAAACUGUUGGUUAUACAAUCACUUUUAAUUUUAUAUGUGUGUACCUUUAAUAGUUUCGAAGCUCUAGAGUACAUGUUUUACUAAUAAUCAUUAUGAAUCACUUACUGUCUAGUGUCUAUGCAUAAACGCAAUUCUUCAUCCCUUAUAAUGUUAAAUGGUUAAAACUUACACCCUUUGCGCCUUUAGCACAUUGAUGCAUGAAAGUGUUACAAAAAUUAAGAUUGUCUCGUUUUCGCAAUUGUCAUUUCAAACGAGUAAGACUAAGCACUAUUUAAAAUUUUUAAUUUUAUUUACUUUAAGGGGCAUCCUUGUAAGUUGGUUUAUGAUAUUGGUUAACAAUUAGUUUUAUGCUAUAUAUACCAAACACAAUUAUUAUUUAUUGCCUUGAUAGUCAUAGAAAGUUUGACUUAAUAUAAUUAAGUUUGUAUGUAAUUAGAUAGAUGUAAAAUAAUAUAUCAUGCCGCUCAUACGUUUUAUAUAAAACGAUGUGGAAUGAGUUCUGUUAGAGUUAGUAAAAUGCAAAAGGCUGUGCUUUCGUCAAGUGUACAGUCAGCAAGAAGUCACAACCGUUUUUAAAGUUGAGUCUAUAAAUGUGAAAAUUCAAAGAUCGUUAUUAAGUACAUUAUUUAUUUAAUCCCCGGGUUAAUGCUCAUUGAGUUCUCUAUAUUUUUUAUAUUGUUAGAUAGGGUUGCGCUUGACAACAAUCAUGCCUAAUAAAAAUGAUUAGUUUGGAGCGCGCUUACCUAGUAUAAUUAAAUUUAAUUCGACCAUGGCAUGUAUUAAAAUUUUCUUUUUUUACUGACUGUAGACUACACGGGUUUGUAUUGUUAAAUUUACUUUAGAUUUUCCAAAGGCUUUAAAGCUGUGUUAAAAUGUAAGUUCUAUAUUUGUAAGAAAUAAUUUACAAAGAGAAAGUCUAUCAAUAGCUAUUCGAUAUUGCGAGUAUCUACUCUACCACCUUUUUUAUUUAAAGAGUGUAGUGUACAUUGGUCUAACGCUGUCGGCCAAUCCACUCGGCGAACGUGUGAAGACCAUUUGGCUUACAUUUGCCACGUGCUACCCAUGUCAAAUAUAGAUCUACAUAUAUUUGACAUAGCUAGGUAGAUGAGCACAUAGGACUAAACGCGCAAUAUUGAUUCAGAACAACUCUAAGUAGACUUUUGUUUAUAUGGUGAUGUAGCUUAACUUUGUGAUAAUUAAUUGACUCGAAAGUAUUGUUAAUAACUUAUUUAAAUUAUUCUAAGUGUAAAAGUUAACACCAAGUGAACAUACCUAAGUUUCCUCCGAAUAAAUUUCUAUUAAAAUUAAA